UUGAUAUUUUUUUAUAUAAAUACGAUCAAACUUUGUGAAGUUUGACUUCAGAGAAUUAUAAUAUGCAGAGUAAAAAAGACCGGAGGGAGUAGAAGCUGACGGCGCGUCUCCAGAGUCCAGACAGACCCUGAUCGCACCCAAAGGCACCAACCGCUUCAGUAGCUAGCCGGCAUGGGAGUCACUAGUCAGUCACUCACUCACGCACAUCGUACUCCCCAGCCAGCCAGCCAGCCAGCAUGGUUCUCACUUCUCUCUUCUGUCCUUCAACACCGGAUCCAACCCAACCGAACCGAACCAAACGGAGCUGUAGACGGAUGGCCCUAUUCUCCGGCCACGCACACUUUCUUUCCCGAGGCUGUCCGGCCCGUUCCACUCCCCGCACGCACUUCUCGCGCCGCGCCACUCGCCAGAGGUUCCAUUUCAGGGAUCAACCGCAGGCCGCCGCCGAUCUCCUCCGCACGGCGGCGCCAUCGCAUCCGCCCGAGCGAUUAUUAAAUCAUGGCUGACCAGCCAAAGAAGAGAGCUAUCGUGGACAGCGGCGAUGGAGGCCUCGGCAUGGGCCUUGCCGCGUUCAUUGCAAACGGCGAGGAUCUGGGCCCCAUGAUCCGGCACGGGUUUGAUUCCGGCAAGCCAGAAGCCCUCACGCAUAGCCUCAGGAGCAUCGUGAAGAAGAAAGAGGUUGAGAUCGAAGAGCUAUGCAGGCUUCACUAUGAGGAUUUCAUCCUCGCCGUCGACGAGUUGCGCGGUGUGAUGGUCGACGCCGAGGAGCUCAAGAGCAUGUUGUCCGGUGAGAACUCGCACCUGCAGGAGGCGUCGAGUGCCCUGCUGCUGAAGCUUGACAAACUUCUUGAGUUGUAUUCAGUCAAGAAAAACGUGGGAGAGGCCAUGACGAUAUUGAAGAUCUGCGUCAAAGUCAUUACCCUGUGCAUGGCGUGCAACAAUUACAUUGCCGAAGCUAAGUUCCAUCCUGCGCUCAAGACUCUGGAUUUGAUUGAGCAUGGAUACCUGCAAAACAUUCCUGUGAAGAUCAUUAAAAAGGUGGUUGGGAGACAGAUACCGUUGAUAAAGCUGCACAUCGAGAAGAAAGCCUGUGGCGAGUUCAAUGAUUGGCUUGUUCAUAUCAGAAGGAUGUCCAAGCAGAUCGGGCAGGUGUCGAUAAGUCACGCCUCUUUGGCUUGCCAAAAAGAGGAGGAAAUGCGUGCGCGGCAGAGAGAGGCUGAAGAGCAUGGCCAUGCUGGACCAGAUCAGCACAUGUAUACCUUGGAUGCAGAGAAUACAGAUGAGGAAACAGCACUAGAUUUUGAUCUCACACCUGUUUAUCGAACGCAUCACAUCCAUGUGCGCCUCGGUAUUGGAGAGAAGUUCAGAGAUUAUUACUACAAGAACAGGCAGAUGCAACUCAGCCUGGAUAUGCAAAUUUCCACUUCGCAACCGUUCCUCGAGUCCCAUCAGCCCUUCCUUGCACAGGUAGCUGGGUUUUUUAUUGUUGAACAACGCGUCCUUCGAACUGCAGAGAGAUUGCUGACCGAGAGCCAAGUCGAAGCAACAUGGGAAACAGCCGUUGCCAAGAUGACAUCUCUACUGGAGAGCCAGUUUUCUCGCAUCGGCACGGCCAGCCACCUCCUCCUCAUAAAAGAUUAUAUCACUCUUAUGGCUGCAGUUCUAAGGAAGUAUGGUUACCAAACCACACCAUUGAUCAAUAUUCUUUCGAGAAGCCGGGACAAGUACCACCAACUGCUUCUUUCCGAGUGCCGGAGGCAGGUAGAUGAUAUCCUUGCUAAUGACUCGUACGAGCAGAUGGUUAUAAAGAAGGAAUACGAGUACAACAUGAAUGUCACAGCAUUUCAUCUGGAGCCAAGUGAGGUGAUCCCGGAGUUUCCAUAUGUGGCGCCAUUCUCCUCUUCUGUUCCAGAAGUUUGUCGCGUUGUCCGGUCCUUCGUUGAGGAUUCUGUGAGCUAUUUGUCUUAUGGUGGUGACAUGAACCUUUAUGAAGUGGUGAAAGCUUACCUAGACAGGCUAUUGAUUGAGGUAUUGAACGACUGCCUUCUCAACAGGAUGUAUGCUCGCUCAUUGGCCAUGUCACAGAUGAUGCAACUAGCAGGAAAUAUCUCUGUUCUGGAGCAUGCUUGUGAUCUGUACCUCUUGCACUGUGCCCAGCAGUGCGGCAUCCCCAAGCGCGUCGCGGAGAGGUCUCGCGCUACUUUGACUGCUCGAGCCGUGCUAAAAGCCUCGCAGAACGCAGCAUAUAAUGCCUUAAUAAACAUGGCCAAUUCCAAGAUCGAUGAUUUUAUGGUGCUCUUGGACGACGUCAACUGGAUAGUGGAAGAAACACCGGACAAUGCCAAUGACUACAUGAACGAGGUUCUUAUUUAUCUUGAAACACUAGUAUCAACGGCUUCGGAGAUUUUACCACUUGAAGCUCUGUACAAGGUUGUCUCUGGUGCAGUGGGCCACAUCUCGGACUCGAUAAUGACAACGCUUCUGAGCGACGGCGUGAAAAGGUUAACGAUGAGUGCCGUUUUAGGCCUCGACAUGGACCUGAAGAUGCUGGAGGCAUUUGCUGACGAGAAAUUCCACAUCACCGGGCUGGCAGAUAUGGGGAAGGAAACGACGUUCAGGGAUUGCUUGGUUGAGAUAAGGCAGCUCGUCAACCUUCUGUCGAGCAGCCAGCCUGAGAACUUCAUGAAUCCGGUGAUACGGGGGAAGAACUACGGAUCGCUGGACUACAAGAAGGUUUCCAUCAUUGUCGACAAGUUCAAGGACUCGGCAGACGGGCUGUUUGGAAGCCUUUCCAACCGCAACACGAAGCAGAAUGCUCGCACGAGGUCCUUGGAUGUUUUGAAGAGGAGGCUCAAGGAUUUUGGCCAUUGAAAAUUUGCUGGUAUUCUUCUCCAACAAUCCUGCUCAGUGUCCACCUUCUGAAUUUUAUUUCUGUUUCUCCCCCCCUCGCGUUCUGGUGGUUACAAGACGCGUCUAUUUGUCCGUCUAGGCGACUGUCUAUCAGUUACAGUACAGUAGUCCCCUCAAAUAAUUUUCAAUUUUCUCUGGUCCAAAUCCUGUGAUAUAGGCACACAAUGUUAAGAUCUCUUAUGGCCAUUGAUAUGUUGAUAAAUGAAGCAGAGUUUUGAGAUUC